CACCACGAGCGGCCGCGCCGGUGCCACCACCACCACUCCGGCCGCGGAUAACCCCUAAACCCCGGCGGUCCCCGCCCGCCAAGCCAUGGCGGAAACGCUCGCCCUCCCGCUCCCCCUCCGGGCACCGGCGCCGCCGCCGCGCCCUACUAUCCCCAACCCCAUCAUCACCCACCGCCAGCCUCACACACCCUCCUCCUCCCCUCCUCGCCUCUUCUCCCCGACCUCCCUCCUCUCCACCUCCCGCCCCAACCCAGCCUCCUCCUCCCGCAAGCCGCGCCUCGGCCGCCCACUUGAUCCCUCCCGAGGCGGGACCGGCGGCGACGACCAACCGUGGCACCUGCCGCAGUCCCUCUCCCUCCCCGCCCGCCGCGCGCUCGUCGCGCUCCUCGCCGACCCGGCGGAACACGCUUCCCCGCGCGACAUCCUCUCCGCGCUCCCUGAGACCGACCUUUCGGCCGUCCUGAACGCGCUCGCCUCCCGCGGGGGGCACCCCGGCGUCGCGCUCGCCGCGGUCCGCGCCGCGCGGGACCUCCACGGUGACCGCGCCCUCCACCACCCGCGCGUGCUCCCCGCCACCGUCCGCGUGCUCGCGCGCGCCGGGCGCCUCGGCGAGGCCUCCGCUCUCCUCGAGGCCGCGCCGGCGCCCGACGCCAGCGCAUACACGGCGCUCAUGUCCGCAUUCUCCCGUGCCGGCCGGUUCCGGGACGCUGUCAACGCGUUCCGGCGCAUGGUGGAUAGCGGCGUGCGGCCGGCUCUCGUCACCUACAACGUCGUGCUCCAUGUCUACUCCAAGAUGACUGUCCCGUGGAAGGAGGUUGUGGCGCUCGUCGACUCCAUGAAGGAGGACGGUGUUGCGAUGGACAGGUAUACUUACAACACCCUCAUCAGCUGUUGCCGUCGUAGGGGGCUUUACAGGGAGGCGGCACACUUGUUUGAUGAGAUGAGGGCUGCUGGGUUCAGACCUGACAAGGUCACGUUCAAUUCCCUGCUCGAUGUGUAUGGUAAGGCGCGGAGGCAUGAGGACGCAGUUGAGGUGCUCAAGGAGAUGGAGAAUGCAGGCUGUCCACCCAGUGUGGUGACCUACAAUUCGCUCAUCUCAGCAUAUGUGAAGGAUGGGUUGUUGAAAGAGGCACUGGAGCUGAAAACGGAGAUGGAGUUGAAGGGGAUGAAACCUGAUGUGGUUACAUACACAACAUUGAUCUCUGGCCUUGACAGGAUUGGCAAAAUUGAUGCAGCAGUUGGUACAUACAAUGAAAUGGUGAGGAAUGGGUGUAGCCCAAACUUGUGCACGUACAAUGCAUUGAUCAAGAUGCAUGGGGUGAGGGGGAAGUUCAUAGAGAUGAUGGCUGUCUUUGACAAGCUCAAGUCUGCUGGGUAUGUGCCGGAUGUUGUCACGUGGAACACACUCUUGGCUGUGUUUGGGCAGAAUGGUCUGGACUCUGAGGUUUCUGGGGUGUUCAAGGAGAUGAAGAAAGCUGGAUAUAUCCCUGAGACAGACACAUAUGUUUCACUGAUUAGCUCGUAUAGUCGAUGUGGUUUGUUUGACCAAGCAAUGGAGAUAUACAAGAGGAUGAUGGAAGCUGGUAUUUAUCCAGACAUUUCGACCUAUAAUGCUGUUCUAUCUGCAUUGGCUCGGGGUGGUCGCUGGGAACAGGCAGAAAAGUUGUUUGCUGAAAUGGAGGAUAGGGAUUGUAAGCCAAAUGAGCUAAGUUAUUCUUCACUGCUUCAUGCAUAUGCUAAUGCAAAGAAGUUGGACAAAAUGAAAGCUCUGUCAGAAGAUAUAUAUGCAAAGAGGAUUGAACCACACAACUGGCUAGUAAAAACAUUGGUCUUGGUCAAUAACAAAGUUAAUAAUUUAUCUGAGACGGAAAAGGCAUUCGAGGAACUAAGGAGGAGGCGUUGCUCCCUGGAUAUUAAUGUUCUUAAUGCUAUGUUAUCCAUAUAUGGGAAAAAUAGGAUGGUCAAGAAGGUGGAGGAGGUCCUUUCACUCAUGAAGGAGAAUUCUAUCAACCACAGUCCUGCAACCUAUAAUAGCCUGAUGCAUAUGUAUUCCCGUUUAGGUGAUUGUGAAAAUUGUGAAACAAUCCUCACUGAGAUCAAGUCAAGUGGCAUGCGCCCUGAUCGAUACUCGUAUAACACUGUGAUAUAUGCAUAUGGAAGAAAAGGACAGAUGAAAGAAGCCUCUAGGUUGUUCUCUGAGAUGAAAUGUUCAGGUGUGAAACCAGAUAUUGUAACAUACAAUAUUUUCAUCAAGAGCUAUGUCGCCAAUGCAAUGUUUGAAGAAGCUAUUGAUUUAGUACGCUAUAUGGUUGCCCAAGGUUGCAAGCCCAAUGAGAGAACUUACAAUUCAAUACUGCAGGGCUAUUGUAGACAUGGAAGGAUGGUAGAGGCCAAAUCAUUCCUUACCAACCUUCCUAAACUUUAUCCUGGAAUAUCUAAACAAGAAAAACAGAAACUGUUAGAAGUGUUCGCAAAACACACUUCGUAAGAUGGUUGUUGAGAAAAUGAAACCAUUUUUGGUAUUCCUGAGGAUGAUAUGUAGACAGUACUAAUUUCUUUUUUGUCCUUAGUGGCAUGUACAUCAGAGCGGAUUGUACAGAUUACAUGUAUUGUGAAGAAGAAUCGAAAGAACCUGUUGAAAUACAUAUAGUUCCUCUGCUAACUUUGCAGGGGAACUCAUGUUGUAGAACCUUCGUACUGGAUGAGCCACCUUGUUUUUGUAACUGCAUCUGCCAUUUUGGAUC